UAUGCUUUUCGACAUUGUUUUAUUACCAAUACGUGAGCGUGUGAUUUGGUUUCGCAGUUCUUUGGCGGUACAAGUACUCUGCAAUCCCUAAUUUUACAGUCAUCUUGGAUCAAUAAUCAAUACAAAUCCACCGAUUUCCCGCGCAACGGCGCGAAAAUGGCGAAGAAGGCGGUGAGCAGAAGAGAGCUAUUGGAGAGAUGGACGGCGAUUGAAGAAGAGGACGAUGACGACGCAUUAUCUGGUCAUCCGGUCAAACGUCGUCGUUUUCGCCAACUCAAAGAAGAAUGGUUUUCAGAUGCAUUCAACUUCUUAAUCUAUUUGCCGAAAGAAAAUCACAUCUGGUGUGGUUAUUGGGAUCUGAUGGGACCUCUUCUAGAAACAUUCUACAAUUAUUUUAAAGAUGAACGAGCUGAUUCUCCUCUUAAGCUUCUAUGGAAUAGAAUUUCCGAAGAAAUGCGAAGCUGUGUUCAAUGUAUUCAUCAGCACCAUCAAGCCCAAGAGAUGUAUGGUACUGAAUAUGAGUUGAGUUCUAUUGGCCCCCUUCUUGAUGUGCUGCACACUCUUGAUGAAGAACGAAUUAGUCAACAACUUCAAGAUCUCAACGCAAGAAUAGCAAGGGGAGAGUAUGACCCUGCCAGCCAUUAUGGUGAAGUCGCUAGUGUCGUGUUUGAGGUUUUGUCCCUUCCCAUCUUAUUGGAUGAUCAAUACUUGGUGACUGAGUUUCAAAUAUUUAUUGAAGCAAUUGACAACUUUCAUGAAUUGAAGUUAGCUGGAAAUCAGCAGUAUCCGGGAGUUUACGUGCUACUAUUUCUUAAAAGCAGAAGAACUCGAUCUAUUGGUUUUCGCCUGGCAGGACAUAUGGGUAAAUUGAGGAGAUCUACAGAUCUGAAUCCAUUGCAGCAUUUACUGAAGAAAUGCAUUUGCAUUUUAGAGUCAGAAAGCACGCAAUCAUCCAAAGAGACAUCAAGGCCUAGGGUUCAACUGGAUCGAAUCGCUGUAUGGCUUGGAAUGAAAGCAUUUCUUGGGUUUUUAGAGCCUCCAGCAUUUGAAGAAGGGAUUUUAGAUCGUCAUCCCAUUUUCCUCAGUAUUGUACUCAACCAUAUCAGUGAUGAUUCACUUGAGUUUUCUCAUGCAGUUAACUGCUUGAGAUUACUUUUUGAAAAGCUUGGAUGUAAAUUAUGGUUGAGGGCGACGUUGUCUCCUAGCGUUAUGCGAAAUACGCUUCUGGGUCAGUGUUUCCAUACUCGAAAUGAGAAGAGCCAUAAAGAAAUUUUUGAUCUUUUCUCACCUUUUUUGCAGUCGCUUGAAGCUUUGCAAGAUGGCGAGCAUGAAAAGCAAAGGAGACAUUUUCUUUAUUUUCUCCUCCAUCAAGUGACUGUAAGCAGUAAUUUCAGCAUGCUGAUGAGAAAAAAGGCUUGCCAGAUAGCUCUUCUCAUUGUUCUCCGAGGUUACAAGAUGGACCCCCCUUGUCCCCCUUCUGAAUGCGCACACAUGUGGGGCCCUUCUCUCGUGUCUUCUUUGAAGGAUUCGGUGCUUCACAGUUCUCUUCGACAACCUGCAUUAGAUCUUAUCCAGACUAUUAUUGUCUCUGAUGCUUCUGCCUUGAUAUCCAUGGUUCUGAGUGGUCAAUUGCGUUCAUGUAAUACGCCAAGUGGGCCUACUAGUUUUGGUAUAGAAGAUGAUGAUGAAGAGCCUUUAUUUGUUCUUGAUAUUGAAGACAAUGAUGUUAGUUGUUGGAAAGAAUUCAGUCUGCAGAAAAAAAUGACCUCACAGGUAUAUGGGGAGUGGAUGUGCAUACCAAAAUUAUGGUUUGAUGUACUGGUUGAAAUUGAUCCCUUGGCCCUUCCUGUAUCCUUUUCGAAGUCUGUAUUUUGGGCACUAUCCCGUUUCUCAAUGGUAGAACCAGAAAAUAGGGAAGAAAUGGCUCUUCCUGUUAGGAAUUGGUUGUCAUCCUUUGCUUCGGAAAUGUCUUCUCUUUGUGGGUGGAAGGUUCCAUCUGGUGCCGAUGAUGGUGGAGAUGGAGCAGAAUCUAGAAAUUCCGUCAAAUCUUCAUCAAUGUGCUUGCCUUUAGUUAGGGCAUUCAAGAGAUUAGCUGCUCAUUAUACUGUCAGAAUGGAGCAAGGCGAGCUUACAAAGCAGUGGACCUGGGAACCAAUGAUGAGUGAUAGUAUUUUUCUCUUGCUUGUGGAUCCUAAUGAUAACACAAGACGAGUGGCUAAGCUUAUCCUUGAACAAGUUUCGGGCAUGCAUGGCGUAACUCAUUGUCUGCAAUUUCUUUGCUCUUCUCGAUCUUCAUGGCCAGCCAUCUUUACGGGAGUUCGGCAUGCUUUGAGAUUGGUUCAGUUGGACUCUGUUCUGUUGAACUUUCCGACUUUACAUCAUUUCUUCUUUGUUCUGUGCAAAUUGCUCAAAGAAGGGAAUCUAUGUAUCGAGACCGGGUCACAAAAGUUGUCAGAGGCCUCUGAUGUUGCAAAGUUUUCUUCCCAGGGUGGAUUUUUGAAGCAACCUGUAUUUGAUUCUUCACCCACAAAUGUUCAUGGACAUUCAUCAACUGUCAGUUCUACUUCAUGGGAUACAUUUAGCUGCUUACUAGCUGAAAUUGCAUGGCCUUCAAUUCAGAAGUGCUUGGCGAAAGGCAAGACAUUCAUAGAUUCCAAAGUAUCUCAGAUGACGUGCAUCCGUCUGCUCGAGGUCACUCCUCUUGUUUUUGAAAGGCUUUCUAGAAGUUCUGGCAUAAUGUUGGAAAAUAUAGAUGCCAUAGAGUGGCUUCAUGAUUUAUCAGAUUGGGGAAAGUCAUCAAGUGACACUGUUGUUAGAUAUUGGAAACAGACAUUGGCCUCUUUGCUUGGUCUAAUUAAAGCAUCCUGUCGUAAUAAAGCUGCUUCAGCAAUCACUGAUAUUGAGAAACUUAUUUCAGACGAAAACCUUUUUAUUGGUGAAGUGAAUAAGCAAAUAGCAACCCUUUCUGGUUUGUUACUGGACAAAGGUUCUGCAUUCAACAAAACUGGUAUCAAGUCAAAAUCUUCACCUUUUGAUAACUCACUAACAGAAGAUUCUGAAAAAUUGUUUUCCGAGGCAACAAAAAUGCACAUUGUGGACUCUGAACCAUUGAUCAAUAUGGAGAAAGAUCAUCUGGUAGUUCGUUCUGAUGAUGAGGACGAACCUAACAUUACUUUCAAAAAGGGGGUUCACUCUCUUGUCAGGUCAAGUCAGAGUAUGUUUGGUGAUAAAUCUGUUGGUGCAAGUUCUGCUGGAAGAGCUCUUAAGGCUGACCUGCAUGAAAUGCACUCUACCAGUGGGUUAAGUAGUCAGCCCGAGACUUAUAGGCCAGGUUCUCCUGAUUGUAAUGAUCUUAUUACCCAUAAAAUGGGCACAUAUACGCCGGAAGACAAACAGAUACCUGAGUCUCCUAGUAAAACAAAGCAGUCAGAUAGUAUGAGAAAACAAGUAACUAAGAAAGAUGACAUAAAUGAUUUGUUCCCUUCGCAUAAUAACUAUAACGCAAGGAAAAUAUCUGAUGAAACUAUUAAUUCAAAAAGACUUGAUUCCUCUAUACCUCAAAAGUAUCCCAAUAUCAGGGCCUUGUCUGACAGAAGUAUAACUUCUAAAAGUAAGGAUCAGCAAGGCAUGAACAAGGUUACAAAAUCUAGUGAUUUAGUUAUAAAAGAGGUGGUAUGGGAUACCGAGGAGGAUCCAUGGGAGUUUUCUCUUUUCAAACCGUUGAGGAGUCAACAGGCACCAGUAACAAGACCUAGCACUUCUGGUCCCAAACGACAAGUUAUUCAACUCAACUUACCUGUUGAAAACAGAUCGGGGUCUUGCCGGCUGGAUGGCAGAGUGAGAAGAUUCAAACCUCCAAGUCUGGAUGACUGGUUUAGACCCAUUCUAGAGUUGGAUUUUUUUGUGGCCGUGGGAUUAGAAUCUGGAAACGACGAAGUUGAUAAAAAUGCUAGCAAACUAAAGGAGGUCCCCGUUUGUUUCCAGUCGCCUGAUGAAUAUGUAGAAAUUUUCCGACCAUUGGUACUAGAAGAAUUCAAAGCACAGUUGCGGAGUUCCUUUCAGGAGAUGGCUUCAGUAGAAGAAAUGUGUUGUGGAAGUAUAUCAGUGCUAUCAGUUGAGAAAGUUGAUAAUUUUCACUUUGUUCGUGUGGUCUACGAUGAGAACAAGUCCAAUGUGUCCAAAAUCUGCUUCGAAAGCGAUCUCAUUUUGCUUACAAGACAGCCACUAAAAAGUUCUUUCCAUGAUGUUCACACUGUUGGGAAGGUGGAGCGUCGGGAGAAGGAUAAUAAAAGAAGAUUAAAUAUCUUAGUCAUCAGGGUAUAUCUGCAAGGAUGUUCUCGUCUUAAUCGAGCUAGAAAGCUUCUUACAGACCGAAGCAAGUGGCUUUUAUAUCGUGUUAUGAGCAUUGCAUCUCAACUUAGGGAAUUCCAGGCAUUGUCAUCAAUAAGAGAAAUUCCUUUGCUCCCUAUUGUCUUGAACCCUGUCAAUUAUUUUUCUGGUCAUCGUGAAAUUAGAAAGGAAAAUAUUAUUAGGCUUUCUCAACCUUUGCAGCAAGUCCUUAAGUCUUCAUAUAACGACAGUCAGCUGCAAGCUAUUAAUACUGCUAUUGGACCUUUUGACUCUAAGAAGGAUUUUGAGUUGUCUCUUAUACAGGGUCCUCCAGGAACUGGAAAGACCCGAACAAUUGUAGCCAUUGCCAGUGGUUUGCUUGCUUUCUUUCAAAUGAAAGACAGUAAGAGGUUACCAAGUGACUAUUUAAAGUGUAGCAAUGUCUCUAGCACUAAGCAAAGGAUGAGUCAAUCUGCCGCAAUUGCAAGAGCCUGGCAAGAUGCAGCCUUGGCUAGACAACAUAAUGACGAUUUAGAAAAGAACAACAAAUCCACGGGAAGCUGCACUAGAGGUCGGAUUCUUAUUUGUGCACAAUCUAAUGCUGCAGUUGAUGAGCUAGUCGCAAGAAUAACCAGUAAAGGUCUUUAUGGCCGCGAUGGAAUGAUGUUCAAGCCAUAUCUUGUGAGGGUUGGUAAUGAAAAGACAGUUCAUCCGAAUUCUCUACCCUUCUUUAUUGACACGCUUGUUGAUAACUGUCUGGCAGAGGAAAGAAGGAAUGCAAAUGAUGAAAAGAAUGAUAUUGAUGGAGACUCUUUGACAGUUCUUCGUUUUAAGCUGGAGCAGUUAGUUGACCGCAUCAGAUACUAUGAAGCCAAGCGAGCUAACGUAGAAGAGGUAAAUUCAAAUUCAAGCAAUCUGUUGGAAGGGGAGGAUAUCAUGGAACUGUCUGAUGCAGAAUUAGGAGCAAGGCUAAGAGCAUUAUAUGACAAGAAGAAAAAAAUCUAUACAGAUAUUUCCGUUGCUCAGGCUAAGGAGAAGAAAGCCAGUGAAGAAAUCAAAGCUCUCAAAAAUAAAUUCCGAAAGACUAUCUUGAAGGAAGCUGAAAUUGUAGUUACUACCCUAAGUGGCUGUGGUGGAGAUCUGUAUGGAGUGUGUUCAGAAUCUAUAUUAAACCAUAAGUUCACUAGUCCUUCUGAGAACUCUCUGUUUGAUGCUGUUGUGAUUGAUGAAGCUGCUCAAGCCCUGGAACCAGCCACUCUGAUUCCUCUUCAGCUUCUAAAAUCGAAAGGAACAAAAUGCAUCAUGGUUGGUGAUCCAAAGCAGCUACCUGCCACGGUUCUCUCUAAUGUUGUUAGCAAAUAUAUGUUUCAAUGUAGCAUGUUUGAACGGCUGCAACAGGCUAACCAUCCUAUCAUCAUGCUGACCCACCAGUAUAGGAUGCAUCCGGAAAUAUGUCGCUUUCCUUCUUUUCAUUUCUACGACGGCAAGUUGCUAAAUGGCGAUCAGAUGUCUAGCAAAGCUGCAUCCUUUCACGAGACUAGGGCCCUAGGGCCCUAUGUAUUCUUUGAUAUUAUUGACGGUCAGGAGCAACAUGGUAAAAACUCAGCUACAUUGUCCCUAUACAAUGAGUGUGAGGCUGCUGCUGCAGUUGAAGUAUUGAAAUUUUUCAGGAAGAGGUACCCCUCUGAAUUUUUUGGUGGAAGAAUCGGCAUCAUAACUCCUUACAAGUCUCAACUAUCACUUCUACGUACACGCUUUUCUGGUGCAUUUGGGUCUGCUAUUACUGCUGAAAUGGAAUUUAAUACAGUCGAUGGCUUUCAAGGUCGGGAAGUUGAUAUCCUGCUGCUUUCAACAGUUAGAGCAGCUGGAGCUGAAGAGCCCAGGAUUAACUCUAGCAAUCUUGGAUUUGUUGCUGAUGUUAGACGGAUGAAUGUGUCCUUGACUAGGGCCAAGCUUUCUUUAUGGAUUUUGGGUAAUUCAAGAACAUUACAGACGAACCGGACCUGGGCAUCUCUUGUUGAAGAUGCAAAACAGAGAAAUUUGAUUAUAUCAGGAACAAGGCCAUAUAGUUCCAUGUUCAAGUUUGCUUCAGAAAAUAGACCAGCUUCAGGUAAUUCAGCCAACCAAUCAAGUCUGUCGAGGAAUGUUGGAAUAGUUGAAGCAGCAAAUGAACAUGGAGAGACACAAAAAAAGAUUAGGAAGCAUACUUCUGAGUGGAAAAGAAAAAUCGGCAUCGGAACACAAAGUGUCACUACAACAGGUGAAAGCGAUCAUGCUUUUCCACCAGCAAAGGAUGCUACUAAGGAUAAUAAAAGAAGAGCCAGGGAUGGAAGUAAUGUUCAGUUAAUAAAGGAUGUUGCAACUGUAGAAAUUGAAUAUAGCAAGGACAAAACUACAAAUGGUGUGAAGCCUGCAGUAAAGGGGCAUCAGGUAAACAGUAAAGAAAGUUGGUCCAACCCGACUAAUGAACAUCAAAAUAAUAUGGGAAAAUCUGACGUGGGUAAGGGAGAAAAUAAUGGCAAUAUGAGAAGUGAUUUUAGUAAUUCUGGAAAGGGGAGUUUAAGUCAUAAACAUUUGAAACGUAUAGCCACUGAUGAUAGAGGUUCAAAACUGGUUAAGCAUGAUGAGAGCGGGCAGAAAAUGGAAAUGGGAACAUCGUCUUCUGCAAGAAGCCAUAAGCAGAAGGAUGAAGUUGGCGAUGGAGCUUCUAAUGAAGUGGAGGUACCCAAAAAUUCAAUUAUGAAAAGGAAACAACAGCGUGAAGCCGUUGAUGCUCUUCUGUCAUCUGCUCUUAUACCUAUGAAGAAGCCAGAAUCUUCAUGGAAGUCUUCGUCUGCGAAAAGGACUCUUUCAACAAGCAGUGGAGAUGAUCAAGUUAGACGACCAAAGCCUAGAAAAGAUCGUUAAUUUGAUGGCAGAAAGGGAGUAUUUUUUGAGUUCCCAAUGCAAUGGAGGAAGCAUAAUAACCCUAUACUUUGUGAUAUGAUAAAAGGAGAUCUGAAUGCAUCAAAUCAUCCUUUGCGGAAUAACUAUUGGUUUUCCAAAAUUUUGCAUAGCAAGGAGGUAAAAGCUGCCACUUCUGUAUGGCCUGGAGCUGUUUCUAAAAUAUGGAAUUUUUUUGCGAUAUGAUUUUGUUAAGAGAUGAAUUGAUGGAUACUGGGGUAAUUCUGGUGGAAGCUCCGAGCGGCAGGUUAUUCUUUCCACCGGAGACCUUUUGGAAUUCUUUACCCGAGUUUGUGCGUCGUUCAGCACCACCAGAAGCGAAAAUGGAGAAUGGAGAUGGUUUGUUCAACCACUAAGCUGGCAAAGGUUCCAGUCUUCCAGAUCAGAAAACUCGUCUAUAAUUAGCUGCAUCUGUCUUAUAAAUCUCCAAAUGGUAAAACAGCGUGUGCAUAGAAAUUUAUGAUAAUGGCGGAUUUAAUUUGUCGUGUGAUAUAUAGUUAGAAAUUAGUUGUACAGGCAUACAUAUUGUGUCCUAAUUAUUAGUCUCCUUUUUUUUUAAUCUUCCGAGUAAAAUCGUUGGAAGUCCCAUUUGCAUAGGAGUAUGUAAAAGAAGGUGAUAUUGGGUAAAAUUAUUCGUUGUGCCCAAAAAAAUGAUGAUAAGCACCAAAUAUUUUCAAUAGUAGUUAACAUUAAGGGUU